AUGGGAGAAGACGAUCAUUUUGCGAUUCCACGCCCUCCGCGCACUUUCGGAUCUCUCGCAAAUGCUGAUAGCGUUCGAGCGAUUAUGGUUUGUUUGAAAAUAAAUUAAUAGUUACUUGAAAAUUUAAUCUAAAUCCAUUACAGACUGAACAACCGAAAAAUGUUUCAUCAACACCACUCGAAAGACUUCCAGCAAAUCCAAUCGAAAGCAGACAUGAUUCUGAAAUGUUGGCAGAAUUUGAAAGGAGAAAACGAGCGAGAACUUUGACGUUACCCACCGAUGAUGUUCAAGUCAAGCUGAAACUUCGUGCAUUGAAUCAACCAAUUUGUCUUUUCGGAGAAGAUGUUUUGGACAGACGAGAACGGUUGAGAGCCCUACUUUCAACAAUGACAGAAGAUGAAAUCGCCGCCAUUUUGCAUACAGAUGAAGUAAAUGCUGAUAAAACGGAUGAAGAAACAGUUACAUGGUAUCAUCGUGGGCCACAAGAACUUCGAAAUGCGCGGGUUUUGAUUGCAGAUUUUUCAUUAAGAAAAGCAAAAGAAAGAAUACAACGAGCAAGAGAUGAAGCAGCUAGACCAGCACAUGAAAAAGCAUUAGCAAGACAAGAAGCACAUAAAUGGGUUCAACAAAUAAAUCUACAUUCUUCACAAGUUGCCGAUACUCGUCCUGUUGCUUUUUGUGAAUUUUCCCCUGAUUCAGAUCAUAUUGUAACUGCUGGUUGGUCUGGUUCUGUAGCAGUUUGGAAUCGAGAAACUUGUGCACAAGAAGUUCGAUUUUCUGGUCAUAUUUCACAAGCUGGAUGUGCUAGAUUUCAUCCAGGAGCAUAUUCUUCAAUGGAUAAAGAAUCAGUUAAUUUGGUAUCUGGAAGUCAUGAUGGAACUGUUCUUUUAUGGUCUCUCAGCAAAGAAACUCCGAUUGCAGAAUUAGAAAAACAUCCACAAAGAGUCUCGAAAGUCGCAUUUCAUCCAAAUGGACAACAUAUUGCAACAGCUUGGUUAGUUUAUAUUUUCAUAGAAAUUGAGCUUAGUCAUUGCUAAAUUUUAGUUUUGAUUCGACGUGGAGAAUGUAUGAUUUGGCAACGAAAAAAGAAUUAUUAUUCCAAGAAGGACAUGCGAAAUCAGUUGCAGAUGUUGGUUUUCAUCCGGAUGGUUCAGUUGCACUUACAGGUGGACAUGAUUGUUAUGGAAGAGUUUGGGACUUACGAACUGGUAGAUGUAUUAUGUUUUUGGAUGGACAUACAAGAGAAAUACAUACUGUUGAAUGGAUGCCAAAUGGGUUAGUGUUUUUCAUAAUAAAUAAGCUAGAAAUGAAAAAGAACACUUCAAACAAUUUUCAAAACGUGACUUUGAAGAAACAAAAAUCUACUAUAUACUAAUUGGAAACUGAAUAGUUUGUCCAGGCCCCGUUUAUACCUUCAACGAUCACGAAAAUUGAUGAUCAAAAAAUGAAAAGUUUGCAAAUUUUGGCACCUUGGUGGGCUAGCUAAUCUUUUUAAUUUGACUCUCUCAGGGGUGCGCGGAGCGGUAAAAGUUUGAAAAACUCAAUGUAUUUUUUGAAAAUAAAACCUGUCCAUCGCGAUAACUCAAUUUCCAGAAGGCCAUUUUUGAUGGGACCUUCACCAUUCUAUCCCAAAUUCUUUCCCAUCGAUGCGCUAAUAUUGAUUUGUUCAAAAAGUGCGCGAGUUUUCACGUUAAAAUUCAAAACUUUUUUCAUGAAAAAAAGAAUGAUCACGUUUUUAUUCGAAAAAAUUAUUAGGACACGUUUCUUAUCUGAUCUUUCUAUUCUCUGAAAAAGUCAACAAUUUUUGGGCAUUUCUCAAUGUUUCCCUUUGCCUAACUAGGGAAUAAAAUAUUCAUCAAAAAGUAAGUCAAACUACUGUAGAGGGUGAAAUGAUAAAUUUAUCAAAUUUCCAGAUGUGGAAUAAUUUAUUUGACUAGAAGAAGGGAUUACUGUUUAUAUUGAUGAUUGUGAGUUAUGAUUUGUUGUUAGGUUCUCUUUUCAAGCUCGGAAAUUGAGGCUCUGAACAGGAGGAUUAGGAAUGGAAAGGCUUUCGGAAAAAGAAAUGAAUUCUUGGAAGAAAGAUAAGUUAUGAAAAAAGUGUGGUUUUCAAAAGUUAAGAGGUUUUGAUUUUUGAAGCUUGAGUUUGAGACCUUCUUUCUUCCGAAAACUCUGUUUUUUUUUCAAACACUUUUUUCUCUGAACCCAUCUUUUCAGAAUCGAAAUUAAUGAGCAAUUCUAUAUUUCAAAUGCUCCAGCAAUUUAUCUGAAUUCAAACGUCUCUCAAUAAUUCGGAUAUUUGAGUUAGUUUCUUAACGUUGAUAAUACGAAGCAAAUCUGUUCAGGAAAGCUGAUGGGACAAUUCGCGAAGAAAAAAAACGUCAAAAAACAUGUUUCGAAGCAUAAAAUACAAUGCACAAAAUGUCGCGAAACUCAGUUUCUCGACAUUUUCAAUGUAUUUUGCGUUUGUUUCGCAACACAUUUUUUGCCGUUUUUUUUAUUUUUAUUUUUUUAUAGUCCUAUGAGAAAAUAGGAAAACGGUUGAGAAAAUGUAUGUGAUCUGCGUUUUUCUUCUGUUUUCUAAGCGUGUUUAGAAAAUUCCAACACUUCGGCCAAAAAAAGGUAUGAAAAACCUGAAUAACCCCAUAACCUAAAUUUAGUUAAUUCUUGAAAUGUUGAACAAAGACAGCUCCGAACAAGAAAAGAACGUUUCUUUGAACAGGCGAGAAAUGUGUUUUUGAAGAAAAAAAGAGUUUUGAAAAUAAGAGGAUUGCGGUUUUGAGGUUUUCAAUACGAAUUUUUUAGAGCCAUGGAAGAAAAACCAACAUAACAAUAGACUUUGCCGUCCUUUUUUCAUUUUCAUUGAAAGGGGAAAUUUGUAUUUCUAGGCAAAAAAAGCUUGAAAUUUAAUUCAAAAGCUACUUUUAUAAAUAGCUAAGUUUCAGAAUUUUUGAGCCAGAAAUUUCAAGCACAACUCGGCCAAGCCGUGGCUACCCAGAGUACAAUUUUUUGAAAUAUCUGAAUUUGAGUUUUUAGAAGUCAAAAAUUGAAAAAUCUCAAUUUUUAGAGGACAGAAACUGAAAAAUUUAAAAUUUUUGUACUGUAAAAAGUUAGCGUACAAGCUAGAUGUUUUGAUAGUCAUCCUAGACUCUAUGAACAGUUAUCUAAAACAUGAAAACAAAACAUCCUCGCAUUUUUUGAGCUCUAAUUUAAUUUUUCGAAAAAAAAAGGAUAAGAUAAAAACUGUUUCAUAAUUCAGAAAUGACAUUCUUUGGAGCGGCAUAAUUUUAAGAGAAAAAUGGAGGCUUCAGAAAAAUUGGUCGUUAUGGGACUAUUCAACGUCUUUUCUCAACGCUGAAAUGUUUGAGAAAACUUAUGUAGGCUGAAAAAAUACGAAAACUGUUGAGAAAAUGCUUUUCUCAGCAUUUUUCCCGUUUUCUCAGCGUGUUGAGAAAAUCGUUGAACAGCCCCAUUACGGAAUUAGGAAAAACGGGCGGUAAAGGAAAAAACACGACUGUUGAGUCUCAUCUGCAUGCCCACCAACAGUUUCCACCCUUUUUCAUUGUGUAUGGUUUUUAAGAAUCAAACCGUAUCAAAAACACCACCUAAUUACCACUACGCGCGAAGCCGGGACAACCCAGAAGGAGGAGCCGGCGUUAGCCGGCGGAGCCCUUCUGGUUAUCGCUAUUUUUCAGAUAUGAAAUGGUAACUGGAAGUUCGGAUAACAGUUUAAAAAUUUGGGAUUUGAGAAUGCGUAGAAAUACGUAUACAAUGCCCGCACAUACAAGUGUUAUAACUCGAGUUCGAGCAGAUAUAAAUGGACAAUAUUUAGUAUCUGCAAGUUUUGAUUGCUCUCUUAAAAUGUGGUCAUCAACUGGUUGGCAACCUCUUCGUCAAUUACAAGGACAUGAUACUAGGGUUAGUUUUAACUAUAACAUUUUUUUGAUCCUAAAAUAAACUCAACUCCUAAAAAUUAUUUUUUCCAGAUUUUGUGUGUUGAUAUCAGUCCAAAUGGACAAUGGAUGUGCUCAUCAGCAUUUGAUCGAACUUUCAAACUCUGGACACAAUCUGAUUAUUAA